GCCUCCUGGGCGCAUGGGUUCUGUGGAGACGAUUUCACUCGGCCAGCUGCCACCAAAGAGUGCGCAUGCCGCGUCACAGAAGGUUCUUCCCGUGAAGGCACAGACUGCUGUGCCCAGCCCCACGGCGAUUUCUCUGACCCUGCCUGUGAACGGCGAUG